AUGAUCACUGAAGCAGGUAUCAUCGGAAAAAUCGGAUUGAAUGAAUUCGGUGUUGGUGUCUGUCUGAAUGCAAUCAAAGUCUCAGGAUGCGAUUCUUCUCGCCUCCCUGUUCAUUUGGCACUUCGAUCUGUGUUGGAGAGCUCAUCCACUGACGCUGCUGUUCGGCAGCUCGAAGAGGUUGGAAUCGCCGCAUCGGCACAUAUUCUGAUUGCCGACAAAGAGAAGGGCAUUGGAUUGGAAUCGACAGCAAAAACUAUGCGGCGCAUUCAGAUGGAUGACCGGAAUUCGAUUUACCACGCAAACCACUUGCUGUUGGCUCAUGAUGGUGUUGUGGACUCUGGCUGGCUGGUUGAUUCCCCUUCCCGACAGCAGCGAAUUGAGCAAUUGGCAGCGGAAUCCAGUGCAUCUACGAGUCGAGAGCCAAGUGUUGUCGACAUUACUCGCAUGCUGGAUGAUCAUGAUGGAUUUCCGUACUCGAUUUGUCGCUACGAAGAGGGCCCCCUGGGAAUGGAUGCUACAUUGUUUAGUAUUGUCAUGGACCUCGAAGGGGCAACGGCCACUGUGUACCUUGGAAGACCAUGCGAACCGGAAGAGGUGAUACAAUUAGAUUUUCAAUGA